GACCGGAAGUGGGGGAAACAUGCCGCUAGCUAACUUAGCACGAGUUGUCAGUUUCAAUGAAACUUUGGAGCGAGUUCGGUGAAGUCAUGUCAACCUGGCGCGUGGACGUGAGAGGAUUCAAGUCAUCUGAGAUAGAAACCACCAAAGCUUUAUAUUUUACUCGAACCAACAUUCAUUUCCCUAAAAUGAUUUCUAAAGCAACAUGAUUGAUGGAACUUCAGUCAAACAGGAAGCUGACGACGACUAAAGCAGAAAGAACAGAGAAGGUGAGAGGUGACCAUGGAGGCUGUGGUUCACUCCGUCUCCGCCGCAGCUGGUCAGCUGCCCUGGUUGCUUCUGACUCUGUUUACGUUCUGGACAGUCCUGUGUUCAGCCGACUUAAAGCAGACAAGAUGGCCAUUAUAUUCCCAGAAGCCCGUUGUGCUCGUCUGGAACGCCCCAACGCAGGAGUGUGCUCCGCGACAUCGCGUGACUCUAUCUCUAGACCAGUUUGACAUUGUGGCAUCCCCAAAUGAGGGCUUUGUUCGGCAGAAUCUCACAAUUUUCUACAAGGAGCGCCUCGGGUUGUAUCCGUACUACAAGCGUGAUGGCACAGCAGUGAACGGCGGCCUUCCGCAGCUCGCCAGCCUCACGCAGCACUAUGAGAAAAUGCCUGGAGGUGUGCAGAAAUACAUCCGAGAGCCAGAGGCAAAAGGCCUGGCUGUCAUUGACUGGGAGGAGUGGCGCCCACUGUGGAUCCGAAAUUGGGAUAUUAAAGAUAUUUAUCGCGUUAAAUCCUGUGAAAUGGUGGCCAAGAAGAAUCCCAAGUGGACCCCAGAACAAGUGGCGCGAGUUGCAAAGCAGGAAUUUGAGCUAUCGGCUCGCAAGUUCAUGCUCGAGACUCUGAAGUUCGCUAAGAAUCUGAGGCCCAAUCAGCUGUGGGGCUUCUACCUGUUUCCAGAUUGUUACAACCAUGACUACAGGAUGGAACUGAAGAACUACACAGGCCGCUGCCCUUCGUUGGAGAUGGCCCGCAAUGAUCAACUGAACUGGUUGUGGAUGGAAUGUACAGCUUUCUUCCCGUCUAUAUACAUGGAUCCUGCACUGCACUCUUCAAAUAAUGGGCGUCUGUUUGUCCGAAACCGGGUGAAAGAGGCAAUGCGCCUGGCAUCUGUUGGAAAUGGAUUAGCAAACCCUGUUUUUGUUUAUACCCGACCCACCUACAUGAAUCAGAUGACACUCCUAACUGAGGCAGAUCUGGUUUCCACCAUUGGCGAGAGUGUUGCACUUGGAGCUGCAGGUGUAAUCUUCUGGGGGGACACCUCCUAUGCAAGCAACGAUGACAGCUGUUCCAUCCUAAAUAAGUAUCUCCAGGGACUGCUGGGCCAGUACCUGCUCAAUGUGUCUACGGCAGCAGAGCACUGCAGCCAGGUGGUGUGUAAAUCCCACGGCCGCUGUCUUCGCAGAUUACCAGACAGGGAUGUGUACCUACACCUCAGCCCCUCAACACACAGCAUCACCAGUCAGGGUGGCCAGCUGAAGGUUACAGGAGUGCCUGGACAAGCCGAGCUUACACUCUACCGCACACACUUCCAGUGCCAGUGCUACCAUGGGUACAGGGGUGAGGCUUGUGCUCAGAAAGAAAAAGGGCAGAAUAGAGCCUCCUCUGUUUUAGGGACCUGGCCUCUUUGCCUCUUACUCCCACUAGGACUCCUCACUCUGCUACACUGAGGAAACACAGAAGCCCAAAUUGUUAUCCGCCUUUGUCAGCUCUGAAAAGGACAGUUCAUACCUCUCGAUGCGCAAGUGGUAGGUUACUGUGCAUAGUGAUGCAUUGACAGCAGAAGGCAUGAAGUACUGUAAUCUGCCAUCUCCCGGUACGACAGGACAUUUUUAAUCCAAGCACAUAGGACCAUCUAAAAGAGGUGACAAGCUGCACUGGGAGUUCUCCAGCCUCAGGACCACCUCCCCGAACUAAUGUCCAUCUAUCAAUUUCUCACCUGAUUAUUGACUUACAUGAAUUUAUGUCAAAAAUCAAAUCUAUCUCUUGAAGGCUUUCCCCAUAUCCCAUGCUGUCCCUGGCCUCCAGAUUGGACUGUCCCUGCAGAGGAAUGAUUCAUGAAAAAAAAGACACCUUUUUUAUCUAUCUGUUUAUUUUUAAGGACAAAACAGUGGAACAACUUCAUGCCUAAGCAAAGGUGUGGCAGGAAGGUACAUUUCAUUAACAUACAGUAUUUAUUAGUUGUUGGUAGGUUCUGACAGUCAUACUUUUAAGUAUUUUGAUAAGGAAUAGUUUCACAACACUGCCUAAUGGUUUGAUUCUGUUGAUGAAUCUAGCUGUCAAGUGUGAUGACCUAAAGCCUUCUGACUAACUUAUAAAAAGUGCAUUAUGCAAGAAGGUGAUACGUUAUCACAAAUGCAUUACAAAAUCGUUGGUUUAUAAAAACAACUUGUUUUUCCGUUCAGAAUUGUGCCUUAACUGGGCUAUAAAGUGCUCUUAUGCUUUUGUUUAAAGGUUGUGAUUAUUGAGGUUUGUGCUUUGGCGCAGUAGCGUUCAUCUCAGCCCACUUUGGGCAUAAUUCAGUUAAGUCAGUUUUCUAUUAAUAAGGAAAAUGUGUAUAAAAGGUGGCUUGACUGAUCGGUAUUUCACUGAAAAGAGGCUACAUUAAAAAUAAGUUAGACUUCAGCUUCCAGGUGAUGUAAUUUACCUAAGUUUUGUUAAUUUCUUGAAAGCAGACAAAAGUUUUAUCAGAUACAAGUAGUAUCAUGUUAAAAUAUGUUUAUUUUCCAUUAUAUAAUGUCUGGGCCUCAAUUCUUCAGUAAGCAAGUAAGGGAUUUUUUGUUUGUUUAUACUAAUAAGAAAAUUGAUUAAUGUAUGGUUAUCAGAAUUUUUUUUUAUACACAGAAAUAUUUUUACCUGCUUCAGAUAUACAGUAUUGUUUGGAGCCCAUGCACAAUAACCAGUUUUAUUUUGUCUAGUGUGUAACUUGACACUCCAGGUUUCGUCCAGUGACACUGUUGAUAGAAACUACUGUAGGUACAUCUUCAGACUAGUAAAUAUAUUUGCUAAUUAAAACUAGCUCAGCAGUUUCAUAUUUAUAAAGUAGUGUUUUUGUAUUUAUUCUGUAUGGCAGUGCUCAAAGAAGAAGUUAGGUACCCACAUUUAGUGAGGAGGGAAUAGUUUUUUUCAGUUUUCACAAACCAGAACAUGGAGAACCACAGAACCAGUAUUGCAAUAGAACGUUUUAUAUAUGCUGGAAAUUCUGCACUUUAACAAAUUUUCUGUUGAAAUGAAUGUGGUUUUAUUUCUUGUGCAUGAGGGGAAAUUAUGUUAUUUUGCUGGUUACAGAAGCUUGUAGCUAUGCAGGCGGUCCAUCAUUAAGAUGUGUUGGCUGUGAAUCUUAACUUUCAUUGGUCAUUAACUCUGUUGCAGUGUAAAAAAGUAAUCUAAUGAUUCAUUUGUAGUUAUCUUUACACAUGAUGUGUAAGAAAAGAGUGCUUAACACAGUAAUCGGUAUUAAAACAGUAACACCUUUUUUGAUAUUUAUGAUUUUCCCCACAGUCAGACAGACAAGUUAAUGUCAUGGAUAUCUUUUUACAUUUCAAUAUGAGGUUAUCAACCAAAUUUUACUCGGAUAGUGUUUGAAUUUGCACUAAUAAUCUUUUCUUAUACCGGCGACUACAGAUUAUGAUUCAAACAUUUGAACAUAAACCUGUCAGAAUGAUACAAUAUCUUUUUAGUUACUGAAAGAGGCAGACACUGGUCUGGGCGUUUUAAGACUCAUUUAGAAUUAUCUUAAGAAUAUCCUUUUAAUGUCAUUCAAACUCUUCUUGUUUAUAUCAUUGAAAUCAUAUCAUGAAAUAAUAUCAAAUUAUGAUGAUCAAAUGUCCUGUUAGGUGGUUCGGGCGUCUGAUUAGGACGCCUCCUGGGCACCUUCCACUGGUGAUUUUUCAAGGCAUUGCCCAACCGAGCAGAGGGGGGGGGUAGACCCAGAACUUGCUGGAGGGAUUAUAUUUCCCAUCUACCCUGGCUGGGAAUUCCGUGGCACUGCUGAGGAGAGGAAUGUCUGGAACACCCUGCUUAGUCUGCUGCCACCGUGACCCGACCUUUAAUGAGUGCAACCAAAUUGAUGGAUGGGGUAUUAGACCAAGAAUUUCUAAAAUGUUUUGAGAUAUUAUGAUGUAAAGGUACUCGCAACAUUGUGUACUGUAUGUGUGUUUUUAUGUUAAACACAACAUCUUGUUCUUUCUACAUCUUUGAUUUCAGAUUCCACCUCCAACUCUCUAUUGUAGAAGCAGUGUUGUCUAAUUUUUAAUGAGGAAAUUGCCUUAUUUCUAAAAGCCUUAUUUUGCCAAAGUGUAUCAAUGUUAUUGUUUGAAACCAAAGUGGAGAAAAAUCAAAUGUUUUUUUACUGAGAAGCAUUUUCAUAUUCACCUUUUACACAAAGUUUUCAAUAUUAAAAAAGAUUUAGACUUUUA